AUGGACUUGGUUCAUAGUUUUCGAGACAAGAACCAGUAUAAGAUGACGCAGUUGAAUGGAGUGAAUCUUGCGCUCGAUUGCGACUCCCGGCUGGUGAUUCAGCUGCCCAAAUCUAGGUUCCUCCGCGUCGUGUCGAGAUCAUUGUUUCUGGCUGCGGUUAUACUCACAUUGCCUUGUUUGGGGUCGCUUAUGAAAUCCCCUCAUUCAAGAUCUCGAUUCAAUGCGGUUGAGUUCGGUGUUGCCGCUGAUGUGAGCAACUUGCAGUCCAUGAAUUUCCUGUUUCAUGACUUGUCUCGCGAGGGCCUUCUUAAGAAAGGCGAUAAGGCUCUGGUUGUGAGCUCUGGUAUCGGGCAGAUCGGCGAGAAUCUGCAAUUCUUGGAUGACAACGAGAUUGAUUUUGCCCUGGAAUCGGAUGUGGCGGAGAGCCAGAGCCUGAUCCCAGACAGGACGUUUGAUUUUGCACUCGUAUCUGGUUCGAUCGACCUUAAAUUCGUGGACAGGGUAGUGAAAAUAGGUGGCAUUCUUGCUGUUCAGCUCAGCAAUGAUCCUUCGGAUGCUUUCCAAGAACCAUCGAAUUAUAAAAUCGUGUACAUGAGAAGAUAUGAGUUUACCGUUGUGGUGAUGAGGAAAGUCACCUCGGACGAUCAGCGCACAAUCUCCUCGACGAAGCGAAAACUCUGCAACUUGGCGUUAGAAGCCAAAAAGGCCACCCUGAAGGGCUUGGAGGACGUGUUGCUUGAACCACCAAGACGAGCUCUAGUAAGAUCCGGCGAUUACUUGAAGAAAAUCAAGUAUCUUCCCGAGUUGUUGGGCGAUUCUCUACAAGGCUACAACGGCCGCAGUUUCAUCACAGUGGGCUCGCGGGAGGACGACAGGGGAACGGUGGAAUGGUUUCAUCACAACUACCCGGCGCAAGAUCAACACUUUGAUGUGCACCAUCUCGACAUCGGAUCCGGGGGUGCACCUGCGGAUGUAUCGGAUUGGUUGACCCAGAACGUGAGGGAAGAAGAGUACGUCGUGAUGAAGGCCGACGCGGAAGUGGCCGAGGAAAUGAUGAGGAAGAGGACGAUACAUCUGGUGGAUGAGAUGUUCCUGGAGUGUAGCAGUCAGUGGGGGUACCGGAAGACGAAUAAGAGCAGAAGGGCUUACUGGGAAUGCCUGGCUUUGUAUGGAAGGCUGAGGGACGAAGGGGUUGCUGUUCACCAAUGGUGGGCUUGA